AUGACCCUGGAGGAGGGACUCUGGCAGUCUGUACAGGAAUGGCAGCGCAAAAGCAAUUUUGACCGGAUGAUCUUCUAUGAGAUGGCACAAAAGUUCAUGGAGUUUGAGGCAAAGGAGGAGUUAGAGAUUCAGAUGUUGCAGCAGAGGAAUGCGUCUGUCUGCCUGCUUCCUCCAGCUCCACGCAAUCUUGAUCCUCACGGGCCUUCAUCCACUGUGGUUGGCCAGCAUUCAGUGUUCAUUCCAAAGAAGGGAGGUUCCAUGGCACAGCCCCCUAAGCAACAUCAACACAGACCCCAGCACCCUUGGGAGCCCAAGCGGUCCCAUGAAAUCCCUCCUGAAGCUGUCAAAGAGUAUGUUGAAAUCAUGGAAGAUCUCCUUGGAACUGUCCAUUCAGCCACUGUGGAGCCAGAUGGGAAAUGUGAAGAAGAAGCAAAUGAGGAACAAGAGGAAGAGAAUGAGCUGUACCCAGACCCAGGACUCCUGAGCUACAUUGAUAACCUGUGUGCACAGGAAGCAUUUAUCACCAAGGUAGAAGCAGUUAUUCACCCUCAAUUCCUGGAAAUGUUACUAUCACCAGAUUCUCAGGUAGAUCCCAUGUCCUUAAGGCAGGAGCUGGAGGAAGAGGAAGGACUCACUCUCACUCAGCUGGUGGAGAAGCGACUGCUGGAAUUGAAAGGAAAAGUGGGUGUGGAGGCACCCCCAACUUAUGGUGUGCCAACCAUGGAGUCACCUUGUACAGAGUCUGGGACCAGUCAAGACCCAGGGAGCACAGAUAACCACAGGAUCAAACUACAGUUGAGCGAGAAAAUGAGCACAAAAAAGUUGGAUGCAGAUGAUCUACCAAAAGAUGGUAGUGGCUAUAGUCCUCUGUCUAAGUCAAAAGAACUUGCUCUCUUUACGUGGAGUUCCAUGUCACAGGAACUUAAGUCUGAACAAUCAGCUUCUCCUCAACGGGGUCCUGGUUGCAGCUCCCUUAGAUUGGGAAACAGAGAAACCUUAAUGUCCUUAGAAGCCUCUCCUAUUAGUGAAACACCUGGGAAAGGAGAAGGGUCCAGUGAAGAAGAAAAGGAAGAGGAGGAUCUCCCCAGCCUUGACUUCCUCUUGGCAUCUCACGAAAGCCUACUGCCCUGGAGUCUUUCCAAGAGUCCUCUGCCUGCCUCCAGCAUUCUGCACCGUGGAGUUUGGGGUACCUGGGGCGAAUCCCAGCCCCGAACUCUGAAGACAGUGAGUCUUAGCCAACCUGGACAUACAGCUGCCAAGUGUAAGAUCCCAGCUCAAGUCGGAGCUCCAUUACUUGCUGCAAAGCGGCCCUACUCAGGGGCUGACCUUGGAGUCUCUGGGAGGCAACCCUUGACUGUGGGUGAGGUCCAACUCUCACUGCCUCUGAAAAGAAAGUGUGACCCUUCCACUCAUGGAAAAAGGAGGAAGCAUCUUCUUAGCCAGUAG